UCUUUGUGUCAGACUGACAAUUUUUAAUAUUAAGUGAAAAUUAUUUUUGAAUUACUUGUAGUUAGUUUGUAGUGGUUUCCAAAAAAAUUCUUUUACUUUCAUCUCAAAUAAACGUUCAGAAUGGAUCAGUUACGUUUUGAUGGCCGUGUCGCGGUAGUUACUGGCGCCGGGGGCGGUCUGGGCAAGGCAUACGCACUACUCCUUGGCUCCAGAGGUGCUAAAGUCGUGGUGAACGACCUCGGAAGUGCACGAGAUGGGGUCGGUAAAUCUAAUUUUGCAGAUGCUGUUGUCAAGGAAAUAAAGGACAAAGGUGGAGAAGCAGUCGCCGAUUACAACUCAGUGGUUGAAGGUGAAAAGAUAAUUAAGACUGCUCUCGAUAACUUCGGCCGUGUCGAUAUCCUUAUCAAUAAUGCUGGAAUUCUACGCGAUAAGAGUUUCCAAAAGAUGUCCGAUCAGGACUGGGACUUGGUGCACGCUGUCCACCUCAAGGGCGCCUUCAAGACCACACAAGCCGCAUGGGAAACGUUCAAGAAACAGAAGUUUGGUCGCGUCAUUAUGACAUCCAGUAACGCUGGUCUGGUCGGAAACUUUGGACAGGCCAAUUACAGUGCCGCAAAAAUGGGUCUAGUCGGAUUCGCCAGUACGUUGGCCAUCGAAGGUGCAAAAUACAAUAUCAAAGUGAACACCAUUGUUCCUACAGCGGCUUCCCGUCUCACAGAAGACAUCCUACCACCUGAUAUGUACCAGGCUAUGAAACCGGAGCUCAUCGCUCCAGUUGUCGCGUACAUGUGCCACGAGUCGUUCGAAGAUAGCGGAGAGAUCAUCGACUCAACAUUGGGAUUCGCGACCAAGGCCCAACUUCUCAGGUCACAGGGAGCACCUCUAAGAAAGAAGCCAUCAGACCCGGUGACCAUCGAAUCAGUCAAAGCGAACUGGUCUAAUGUAGUGAAUAUGAAAAAUGCUAGACACUUCAGCAAGAUCGCCGAUGUUACAGUGGACUUAGUUGGGAAAUUACAGGAAUUUGAAGAUCGUAGCAAAUUGGACAAUGAUCGCGAAUCGUACUGGACGACCUACAAUUAUAAUUCCAAGGAUCUCGUCUGCUACGCUCUUGGAAUCGGUGCCUCCGUGGUAAACGACUCGGACCUCAAGUUCCUGUAUGAAAGCCAUGAGAACUUCACCGCUUUGCCAUCAUUCUUCAUACUGCCUGGCAUGGUUAUGGAUUCGCCAGUUAUAUCCCAGGCGAUGCCAGCUGGGAAAUACGCUGACUUUACUAACAUUCUUCACGGAGAACAAUACGUCGAGUUUUUGGAUGACUUCCCGGGCACUGAGGGAGAAUUCACUGUUCGUAAUUAUGUCGUCGACCUUCUCGAUAAGGGUUCAAGCGCUGUCGCUAUUGUCAACAGCGAGGUGUUCCAGGGCGGGCGGCAAGUCCUGCGCACGCAGCAGCACAUCUUCGUGGUGGGGCAGGGCGGCUUCGGCGGCCCGCGGGCCAGCGAGCGCGCGCUGGCGGUGCAGCCGGCGCCCGCGCGCGCCCCGGACGCGGUGCUCUCGCAGAGGACCGCGGAGGACCAGGCCGCGCUCUACAGGUUGUCGGGAGACUUGAACCCUCUCCACAUCGACCCCAACGUGGCGACUGCUAGCGGACACCCCAAGCCUAUUCUACACGGGCUCGCUUCUCUUGGAUUCUCCACAAGACAUGUACUCGCGAAGUUCGCCGGUAACGAUCCCGCUAAUUUCAAGGCAAUAAAGGCUCGUUUUACUAAACCCGUGCUCCCCGGACAGACGCUCAUCACAGAGAUGUGGCUCGAAGGAAACCGAGUACACUUCCAGACCAAGCUGAAGGAAACUGGCAACUAUGUUAUUACCGGUGCUUACGUUGACCUGAAGAAAGUGGUCAAAGAUGGUGCCUCAUCUUCAUCUACACAGCAAGCAGUAUCAACAACUUCUAGCCUAAAGAGUGAUUCAUUGUUUGCUAAAAUUGAGGACGGCAUCAAGGCUAACCCUGACAAAGCUAAAAGUGUAGGUGCUGUGUUCCUGUACAAUAUAACUGAAAACGGAAAGACUGUGAAACAGUGGACUCUCGACCUCAAAUCCGGUUUGACUGUGUAUGUAGGAGAACCGAAGACUGGAAAAGCAGACACAACUAUGACAGUAGGAGACAAUGAUUUAAUGGAAAUUGCAGCGGGUACAUUGAGCCCACAAGUUGCUUAUUUGAAGGGAAAACUUAAGAUUUCAGGAAAUAUCAUGUUAGCACAGAAAUUAGGACCCCUCUUGAAGAGUGGAGCCAAACUGUAAAAUAUUAUUAAUAUUUAUCACAAUGACAUUGUAAUAAUAUUAAUUGGGUUUUUUUUCUUUUUAAGUAGUUUACUUUACAUAAAAAGUAUGUAUCUACUUAAAGAAAGUUUUAUUAUACCAGUUAUAUUUUUAUCAUUAUUAAAUUAAAUACAAUCUAUGAGUUUUAUGGUGGGUUAAAUUAUUAAUAAAUUUUUAUGAAAGCUACAUAUGUAUUAUAAGAGAAUACUAUAUUUAUAUAAUUGUUAUUCAUUCCAAACAAUGAACUAGAGUUAAGGUGAUGGAUAAUAAAAAAAAUUCCUAUA